CGACUCGACCUCUCUGCGCGCCGGACGCUGCAGCCACACGUGUUCCCCCUUGCCCUUCCACCACCCAGCACCGCACCCUCGCACUCGAGCGAUCGGCCUCCGCCCACCUCGGCCAACCCGCACCCUCGACACCCGCAACCCGCGCAUGCGCGCCAGCGCACACUGGGCGUGGCUCACCGCCGUGCUCGUCGCCGCCCCAGCCGCGACGAGCGCCCGAGCAGGAGCAGGGGCGGGAGCAGGAGCGAGCGGAGGAAGCACGAGGUUGCGCGCGCCCAGUGUCGAGACGCACGCCGCGCGGUGGGCGGGCUCGGUGCUCGAGGCGGGCGCAGCAGCAGGGGCCCGAUGGGACGCGUCGGCGUCGCUCGGCAAGGGCGUCGCGGCGCUGUGGAUGCCGCCCUCGUCGCACGCCGUCGAGCCCGCACCCUUCGACGAGGCGCCGGCCGUCGACGACGGCGGCGACUGGUGGGACGAGGUGUCGGUGGACCCGCUGAGCCCAGAAGAGCGCGCGGCCGCAGCAGAGGAGGAGCGCGCCCUGUGGGUCGCCCUCCUGAGCGCCGUGAGCGAGUCGGGCGAGGUGGCGGUGCAGUUCCGCGACUUGGUCGGCGACGCCGACGACAACUACAACGAGCUCGCCUGUGCGACCCUGACGGCGCCAACGUCCGAGGACGAAGCCGCUCGCGACCUCGAGCAGGGAACAUGCCGACUCUCGCCCUUCCUCCUUCGUGACCCGGCGGGAGCUUCCACAACACGAACUCAAACACUUGAUCUUCCUCGUCAUCGCGUCCUUCUCUCGGACCGGCUAGACGCGUUUCUCGGACGCCUGCCGUCUCUCCCCCUGUCGCGCCAACGCCCACCUCCACCCGCUCCCGUCCUCGUCUCGAUCCCCUCGCGCUGCCGGUCAGCGCGCUCUCCCCAUCUCGCCGUCCUCUAGAGACGCAGUAGACCCUUUCGCGACUAUCUAGAUGCCCCUGCAGUACACUCGUUACGUGCU